AGUCGGGCUGUCCGAGCGGCGCGGCCGUGGAGCACCCGGGAGCCGGCUGUCGCGGGGGUGGCGGGGACGCGAGCGGCGGGCUGCGUGGGGUGCAGGGCAGGCGGCCGCACCGCUUCACCUUCCCCACGGAGCCCGGAACCGACUUAGAGCGAUUACAGUGGGGCGACAGCCCCGGCGUACACCCGAGAAGAAGCGGCCGUGGCGGCGGUGGCGGCGGCCCCAGCCAUGCUGUGCUAUGUGACGAGGCCGGACGCAGUGCUGAUGGAGGUGGAGGUGGAGGCAAAAGCCAACGGCGAGGACUGUCUCAACCAGGUGUGUCGGCGAUUGGGGAUCAUCGAAGUUGAUUAUUUUGGACUGCAGUUCACCGGCAGCAAAGGUGAAAGCUUAUGGCUCAAUCUGAGAAACCGGAUCUCCCAGCAGAUGGACGGGCUGGCACCUUACCGCCUCAAACUGCGAGUCAAGUUCUUUGUGGAGCCCCAUCUCAUCUUACAGGAGCAGACAAGGCAUAUCUUUUUCUUGCACAUUAAAGAAUCCCUCUUAGCAGGCCACCUCCAGUGCUCCCCAGAGCAGGCAGUGGAGCUUAGCGCCCUCCUGGCCCAGACCAAAUUCGGAGACUACAACCAGAACACAGCCAAGUACAACUAUGAGGACCUGUGUGAGAAGGAACUCUCCAGCGCUACCCUGAACAGCAUUGUUGCGAAGCAUAAGGAGCUGGAGGGCAUCAGCCAGGCUUCUGCAGAGUACCAGGUUCUGCAAGUCGUGUCAGCCAUGGAGAAUUACGGCGUCGAGUGGCAUGCUGUGAGGGACAGCGAAGGACAGAAACUCCUCAUUGGGGUUGGGCCGGAAGGCAUCUCAAUUUGUAAAGAUGACUUUAGUCCAAUGAACAGGAUAGCUUAUCCUGUAGUACAAAUGGCCACCCAGUCAGGAAAGAAUGUCUACUUGACCGUCACCAAGGAGUCUGGGAACAGCAUCGUGCUCCUGUUUAAAAUGAUCAGCACCCGGGCAGCCAGUGGGCUCUACCGCGCCAUCACGGAAACGCACGCGUUCUACAGGUGUGACACCGUUACCAGUGCCGUCAUGAUGCAGUACAGUCGUGACUUGAAGGGCCACUUGGCAUCUCUCUUUCUCAAUGAGAACAUUAACCUUGGCAAGAAGUAUGUCUUUGACAUCAAAAGAACGUCCAAGGAGGUAUACGACCACGCCAGGCGGGCUCUGUACAACGCCGGUGUUGUGGACCUUGUCUCCCGAAGUGACCAGAGCCCCCCCAGCUCGCCUCUGAAGUCCUCCAACAGCAGCAUGAGCUGCAGCAGCUGUGAGGGCCUCAGCUGCCAGCAGACCAGAGUGCUCCAGGAGAAGCUGCGCAAGCUGAAGGAGGCCAUGCUGUGCAUGGUGUGCUGCGAGGAGGAGAUCAACUCCACCUUCUGCCCCUGCGGCCACACUGUGUGCUGCGAGAGCUGUGCAGCCCAGCUGCAGUCAUGUCCAGUCUGCAGAUCACGUGUGGAGCAUGUCCAACAUGUCUACCUGCCAACCCAUACCAGUCUCCUCAAUCUAACUGUCAUCUAAUGAGUCCUGCGCCUACUGGACAGGCCAUGUCCCCACGAGUCAAUCUGCCAUCUAAUGAGUCCUGCGCCUACUGGACAGGCCAUGUCCCCACGAGUCAAUCUGCCAUCUAAUGAGUCCUGCGCCUACUGGAGAGGCCAGGUCCCCAUGAGCUGCAGUAUUGUAAACUAUAAGAAUAAGAACCUUGUGAGGAACUAUCUCACUCUCGACACCCAUCUGCCAUGAGACAUUUUCAGACACAAAGAAGAAAAGAGAAGCAAGAAUGCAGCCAUAUUCCUCUUCCGUGAGUAGAAGCAACAGCCCCAGUGGUGACCAGGAAGAGCUCUGGGGCAGACACAUUCCUUCUUGGACUUUGGGUUUUUUUAAUGAUCAAGUAAAGGAGUAGAUAAAAUAGUCUUUGUCGGUUAAGUGGUACCAUAGCCCAGCAGUGGGUACCUUUUAGGAAAUGAUGUCAUACGUCUCCUUAACUUCUCCCAAGGCAGCAGAUUUUAUAAGAGUUUUAAAAUUUCCUUGGUUCUUUUUCUAUGGUCAUGGAGCGCUGAACAUUUUUAAUAGGAAUUGUUUCCUUAAAGAAAUAGUCCUUGUUAUAAUGUCAUUUCUGUCUUUAUAACUCAUUCAAGAAUGACUGGAAAGCUAGCAGAUUGAAAAGCAAUCCUGUGACUUCUCAAGGGUUAACAUGUUGUCAGAUUGAAACCAGUGUGCAUGAGAGGAAACAGGUAACUCAACGUGGGUGACUUCUUAACCCUUCUUUUCCCACACCCCGCACCCCAUGCCUUUCGGUGAUAAAAUGUUACAAGUUUGGUUAAACGACUUCCAUGGCAUAGUCAAGCACUCCCUGGGCUUUUGAGCUGUUGGAAUAUUUGGAGAUUGGAAAGGAAAGUUCACAGACAGACAGACAGACAGACAGGGCAAGAGUGCCAGAAAGGCUCCUGGUGUGCUCAGGCGGUUCUUCACGUCCCCUAAGCACUCACUCCAGCUGCACCCAUGGGUGUCGCCUUGCCUGAAGAUCAAACCUUCUACAGCCUUAUCAUAGGUCUCUAGAUAGUGUCUCCUUUGUGUGUGCAUUUGAUUUCGCUUUGUUCGUGUUUUCUUGUCAAUGCUUCCAUAGUCAUUGCGUUGCUCCUGCCCUGCAUCUUUCAGAGGUGGGGUUAGUUUGUUCCGUUCCCAUAGUCUUAAUCAUAUUUCCACCCCCACUUGGGCAUUUUGGAAGCUAGUGAGCUAGGGGGGUUUCUAGGGUGUCAGGAAACCUCGCUGACCUCAUCGGGUGCAAUACUAGCUAAGUGAAAGCUAGAAACCUACCUACACUGUCACUUUACUGAGAUUUCUGAGUCUACGUUUCAUAUUGCCUUAAUGUAGCAGUAAUGUGUUUAUGCAUUUGUUUCUUUGCACAGACAUUUUGUCAGAUAUUAAAACUCUACUUUUUUAUGGCACAUAUUAGCAUAUAAGCCUUUAUUCCAAGAGGUAUUUAUUUUUUCACUUGUAAAAAAAUAAUGUUUCCACAUUAAAAAAAAAAAAAACUCUGUUAUAUCCUAGAGGACUUCUGUCUUUUAUAUUCAGGAUAAUAAAGACUUUAAAGCGAACUGGA